AUGAUAGAAAAAAGGAUAUCUAGUGGUCUGCUCGCUUGGAUUUCUGAUCAACUCUUGGAGGAAUGUCCUCCCUGUAAACUGGUAGUACUUUUAUCAGAGGUUUGCGGUGAUGCUACAUGCUCACUUAACGAUGCUGCCCAGUAUGCGUCUGUGUGUCGUCAGUUAAUCGAGAAGCUCUCUGUAGUCCCAGUGGAAUCAUUCAGCUCACAGGAAUACGCUGAAAUUCUGUGUUGCCUGGCAGAAAACCGGCGAAUGUCACCUGAGUUCGUAGAUCGCUGCAUGGUGGCAGCAAAUAUGAAAACAUGGAAGGCACCAACCGAAUCCAAUGCAGCGAGUGCUUCUUCUGAAAGUAACAAUGCAGAAAGUCUCUUGCUGCGGAGUAACAGAGCAGCUUUGUUGGGUAGUGGAAUGCUCAACCGCACACUGAAUUUACUGUGGUCUUCGGAUAGUCUUGCUCAAUGUGUGGAUCAGUUCUCUGCUGACCAAAACUUAUCUAUAGACGGUACUGUCUUUCAAAAUGCCGAUAAAAUUCAAACAAUAUUGGAAACUGAUUGGGUCACUCUCGGAUCACACUAUUCGCAUCUUCCAAUUCCAUUCACGGCUGCUGCCUUAGCUUGUGUCAAUAGUGCAAUCACUAGUAGUUCAUCCACGUCUUCUGCUGCUGUAGAUCUAGAUUUGAGUUGUUCCCUCCUGGAGAACGUGAUUCGAUUAUUUGCCCCGUUUUUAUCCGGUAACACGGCGACAUUGGGGCAUAUAUUCAAUUGUGUAGCUAGACUACUGGAAAUGGCCUCGAAAAACCCCACUCAGUUAAUGCGGGUAACUAAGGCUGUCGAGACGCUCUCUGUUUGGAUUGACUUCACCUCUACUAAAUCUAGCAAGCUGUCGUUGUCGUUGUGGACCGCUGUGGAUGUGUUGUUGACUAUGUUAGAGGAACAAAUGGAAAAUCGAGCAAAAGAAGCAGCAACUACUGCAAAAUCAGUUCCGAUAGCUUCUCCUGAAGAUUCUCUCCACGACGAAACUGUGGGUGAAAAUUGGUUGGAAUGCAUUCUUGAACAAGUUCCUGCUAUGUUAGAUCAACAGUCUGCUGUUCACUCGCAAAUCGUAUCUGAGAUAGUGGAGAUAACUAGACGAAUAGAGUUUGUUUUUCGUAUGAUCUCUACCGUCAGAGAUCUUUCGCAGUGUACUUCAAGCAUUUGUAGCGUUUUCAAAAAGGUCCAAAAUAUUUCCAACGCUGACAUUGUCGGUUAUCUUAAGGAUGCUUACAUUUCACUAUCUAGUCGCGGUCUAAUUCGGGCAGAUCUGCAAAGUCGACUACUCGAGAAAGCCCUUGUCAAUGAAGGCUCUCAAAAGGCUACUCUGUUGCGAACUAUAAUUUCCGGAAGCAGUAGAAGCGCUAGAUCUCAGCUAGUCGCCGCCGUUUUCAAACACACACUGGAGAAAUUUCGAAAAGCGGAUAGAACGAAGACCACUGAGAGGUUAUGUAGGGAGGAGUGUUCGGUGCUGGAAGAAUUCUCACAGUCAUUAACAAAACAGCAUGCUUUGGAAUAUUCAAAACGAAUCGUGACGGUACUAGAAACCUUCCUGUCUGAUGAGAAUUCUCCAGUGGUUCUCGUGGAUGGUGUAAUAUCGCUCUUGCUCACAUUGGUGCACCGAAAACUAGACUCCGAAUGGUCGCUAGAUAUGAAGAUGUUGGGCAAAACAGAAAGUGAGUGGGGUGUGCUGAUGCAUUCCCUGGCCAAGUUCUCUCUUCGACACCCGUCUCAAGGUUUUCUGUCUGGCACAUAUUCUUUGCUCAGCUACGAACAUUUACUAGAAGAAAAUCUCGAUUUGACCAUGCUUCUCUUCGUUCUCCGUCAUCUUCCACGUUUGACCUCUGAUCAAGGACAGCGAGAUCUUCAGGCUUUCAACAAGCAUCAUCCAGGAAUGGAUGUCUUGAUUAAAAGGUUUGUGCAACCUGAUAAUAUAUCAAAGUUAGCAGACCGUGCGGUGCGACUAUUUAUCGAACUACUUAGUGAGGGUAACUGGCAGCCGUACCUACAAAGCUUCAUUUUGGCCGUUCUAAUAAUCGAGUCGACAGGAAACAGUCUUGGUGCUGCUCUCUUCGAAAGCUUCACAACUCUUCUGCAUAACAUUGACGUACACGAAGCGAAGGAUGCAUGUAUUUCCUGGGACGCCGUUGGUGGCAUUGAUAGGCUUCAUUGCUUGUUGUCAAUAUUUCGGAACACUGCUUUUUGUGAGUCACUUCCAUCCUUCGAAGAGCAAUGUCGUCAAGCCCUCACUGAUGAAGUCCUCACGAAGCUAAUAGCUGACAACCGCUCACCUCGGAAAAGUGAACUGUCAUCGAUUUUGAAGGGUGAAAGUGAUAUCAACGAAGAAGGCAAAAGCAGCGUAGACGAAUACCUACUUCAUCAACAUCUCCGACAUGAAAUUGCAACGCUUCUUUUGCGUGAAGUACAAGAAGACUGGAAGAAGAGAACGGGACCCACCGCUUUGGAUGUUUCCCAGGUGAAGUGGAUGGUGAAAGUUUCAAGUAGUGGGCAAUAUUCGCGAGAGAUUGCAGAACGCGCUGAUCAAGAACUCAACAAGUUAGGUGUGGAAGAAGCCGCAGAGGUUCGUUUCUGUUAUCUUUCGGAAACUCUUCUUGCUGGAGCCACGAGUGUUCAACCAGUCCAGAAUUUCGAAAAGAAACCACUCGUUCUCAUCUUUUCAACGUUUUAUGAAGCAGUUUUGUCUAGUGAUAAAGUACGUUCGUCUUGGAUAGAGAAUCACUUCAUUACUUUGGGAGACACUCUCGACAAAUGUGCUUCCGUUGAUUCUGCGUCUGAAUACACAGUUCUCACUCCUGCUUUCAUACAAGUGCUGUCUAACAUGCUUCAGAAAAACCCUACCUCUGACCUUUCUAAACAACUUUGUCCGUUGUUGGCUGGUCGUCUUCUGUUCUUGCCCUCUUGGCUCCGCUGUGCCCAAGCUCCUAGUGCUCUCAUUUUGAGCCUUGCUCCCAUUCUUGAACAUUUAAAGGAUUACGUUGAUGCAGAAGUCAUGCAUUGUGCGAUGCGUGACAGUGUGGGAACGAUUCUGCGACCAUCACUUGUCGACGAUUUGCAUGAUUUUUAUUCAAUCGUUGUGCAGUCAACAGACCGUUUAGCUCAGACUGCUCUAACAUGGGCUGGGCGGCAAGCAGGUGAGAAACGCGACCGUCAAGAUAGUCUUGCAUCGCUCACACGACGUGAAGACGUGUUUAAUGAAGCUUUGAUGAUAAUUUGUAAGUAUGCUGAUACAGAAACUCAUAUUGAGGUGCUUCGUCACUGUGCUGAAAACUUGCCUUCUUGGAUUGAUGUUUCAACAGAGGAAGAGAAUGUCAUGCGCGGACAAAGUUUACUUUUGAACGGAAGUCGUCUAGUUUUCCGUCUAAUGGUUGUGUCGAAUCUGCUCGAGUACUGCUCGCAGCUUGGAAAGCACUCUGAGCCAUGCCUCCCCGACGCUUAUUACAGUGAUUCGGAAUCACUGAAGAGCAUCGUAACCCGACGAGGAGGGCCAACUGCGCUCCCAACCGUAGAACGUCGUAUAGAUGAGUCGCGUUCUUCGAAUAAUGUCCCUCUCUGUACUUAUGCAGCUACACGGAAAGAAUUUGUCCAUCAACAUUGGUAUAAUUGCCACACAUGCAAGAUGACUGACAAUAAAGGUGUGUGCAGUGUAUGUGCAGUUAACUGCCACCGUGGGCAUGAUCUCUCAUACAGCAAACAAGGCUCCUUUUUCUGCGACUGCGGUGCUGGAGGAUGUGCCGCUCUAAACGCGACGACAUAUCGUUGUUCAGCAAUGAGUGCUGCUAGAGGCAGGAUUGCUCCAGGCGUGCACACGACAAUCGACAAUGGCGUUGCUCAACCCGUUUCAUUCUCUGUCAGUCUUGAUCCAAAUGCUGACUGCUCCGAGCUGAGUGGCCUUUUGGAUCGAAUUCGUAAUGGUCUCGAAUGUCGAGUAGAGGUAAUCGAACGAAUCCUUCGUGCUUCACUUCAUGCCCGCGACUCACGGUGGUCGCUGGAUGAGCGUCGUGAAAAUGUAAGGCGAUCGCUCGCUGACCCUCAGCGUCUACGUAUGAUUUAUGAUCAAGCCAUUAUGGAAGACUACGAUAAUGGUAAACUGAACUCUCUCCUGGAGCCAAGAAGACCACCGGAGCCUCCCAAUGACAGAAAUAAAGCCAGAGAAAUUUGUCAGGUUUUACCAUUCGAAAAUGGUUGCCAUUUGUGGUUUAUGCUAUCUGAGCACACAACUACUCUACAAAUUUUUCAUAUGCAUCCAGGUCAAAGCUUAACGGAUGAACUUGAACACAUGCGAAUUGACUCUGAGCCCGUUGGUUUUGCUGGGCGCCAGGUUUCGUGCCGUGAUGACAAGGUCGCUGUAGCUGGUCUCAGUGAUAUUCUCACUCUUCGACUAAGCAAAGAAGGAGAGAUCGUCGAUCGCAUGGUUAUUAAGCUGUCGGAGUUAACCACUACGCACAGUAAUCCUAUAGUGAAGGUAAUUUGGGCACCAAAUCGUCCCGCUCUUCUGGCAGUGGCUACCAUGCAGCUAGUUCGAAUGUACGACCUGAUGCUUGAUGCCGAUAAUUUUGUUGAAGAGCUUGUUUUGCCAGUAGGAAAUGUGGAGGAUGUCGAGUUGAUUCAUAGCUCCGUUAAUGACGAAAUGUGGCUAAUGGUUUUGAGCACUUCAGGUCACCUGUACGAACACAAGCUGACUGCAAAGACUGCAGAGAACACGUCCUUUUUCUUGACGAACACCGUUACUCUUCCUCAGACGCAGCAAACCUUGGGAGCUGGAGUGUCUGUUCAUUACUCCCCAGUUUCCGAGCUACUUUUUCUUUCACUCGAGAAAGGCACCUGGUUUGUACCUGUGGAAAAGGGAAACUUUGCUAGAGAAGGCCUCACAUUCAGCUGGACCAAAUUGGAAAUUAGUACCUCCGUCCACUGCUGGCAGGAAUCAAGCGGCGUUAUGGCUUGUCUUUCCUACCCAGUUGCUUCUUCUCUUGUGUUUAUCUAUCCCACAUUAGAACAAAUCCUCGUUCAGAGAGUGCAACUCAAACGGUCUGCAUUCACCCACGCUGUUUUUACCAGUUCAUCUGCUGAUAUGAUAUUCUCCAUGCCGUUCUUCUAUGAUUCACCAACGAAUUUAAUUUUCUCUGCACGAUGGUCCACGUUGCCUGAUUUAUGGAUAGAAAACAUGCCAAGUGAAAUGUGCGCACAUGCCGAGAAAGAGAAGGAAGAGCCUGAAGCGGAACUGCAGGAGAGCGAUCUUGUCACGUUAUUUGAACGUUGUGAACCUGUGGAGCGAGUCGAGGUGUCUUGUCCGGAUCUAGCCAUUUUCUAUGAUGUACACGACCUCAAUGUUCGACUAAGCACAGUGGGAUCUAUGCCCGUUACUGCAAUUCAGAAAGAACAAUUCGCUUUGACAAUGCGUGUGGGAGACCCCAAUACAAUUGUGCGUGCUGUUCGUAUCGAGCUACCGGCUGAGAGAGGUCGAGGACCGUCCGAGGUCUCUGUUGGAGGGAAAACCUAUCCAUUGACUAUGACUGCAGAUCUAGCUCGAUUCUUCGACAUAAGAUUCACACGAACGCAGUCUCUUGAGUUAGAUCAUCGGAACAUUACCCUCACUUUUUCUGGAAGAUCACGAUCCCAAGUGGGAAUGACUGUUGUUUCUGUGCGUCUUUACGGAAUGUCAAAAAGAGAGUUUGGUUUUCCUCGCUCACAUCUUAUUGCUCGUAUGCCGCUAUCUCUACCUGACCAGUUCCUGCUCAAUGUGCUUCGAAUGCUGGCGACGCUUACAACACGAAAUCUUAUUGUUAAGGAUCGUGAGUGGAUGGUGAAGACAGCUUGUCGUUUAAUGAGCCCGCGUUUAUGCCAUCGUGAUCUUGUCGAUGCAGCUAAUCGGCUUCUCAGAGUUCUCCUUGCUGAUAAUGUCCACGACUACUAUGCUCGAAAGGACUUCGUUAUAAUAAAUGAUCUCGCAAUAUUUUCUCGUGGUAAAGUGCCUAUUCCGAGUGACUUGAUGGCGGACUUUGCUCUGCAACUAAAGUUUAUGAUGUGCACCCGUUGGAAGCAGUUUUGGAACAUUGUUAAGAGAAAGUUCGGUAGCUCUGUUGGGAUCAUGUCCUUCCUCCAUAGAGAAGUUGCAUCUGCUGCCGCCAUCCAUGCUCCUGUCAAUGUUUCGGAUCCCCUGCCAGCAUUAGAGCUAUAUACUGUGUUGUUAUUCAUUCUUCUCUCUGUGAGUGACCCGCAUUCCAAACAACUGACGGAUGAAUACCUGAAUCUUUACACCAACCCUAAGACCUCUCACAUUGCUCAUCGUAUUCGCCUUGUUGGCCAAACCCUCAUCUACUCCUUCGCUCUGACAACAAGAAAUGAUAGAUCCCAGGCGCGUUCCAUGAACUCAUCAGCCAAAGUGAUGCGUUGGGGUGGAUUGCGACCGUUUUUCAAUCGAACUAAAAUACUUAGUCCGGAUGAAGACCCAGUCCAAAUGGAGUUCUUGAUGGGACCACUGGAUUCAAUAGAGAUUCUUGCCCAGAAGAAUAGCGACAUGUUUGAUUUGGAGAGUGAGUGGCUUCUGCAUCUCCUGCAAGCUGUCUUAGCAAAAAUCCGUGACGAAGGUUCUAUUGGUUCUUUGCCAGUGGAAGGCGUACCCGUAGGGCGAGGCGAUACAGUACCAUCUACUUCACUGCUCAUUUUCGCGAUGGCUCUGAUGGCCCAAUUGUACCCAGCAAACCUUUAUCCGACUGUAGUGCAGCUAAUCGCAAUGGUCGACUGGAAGGGAAGUAUCAUUGACAUUAACGAUCAUAGUUAUCGGCAGUUUUUGCUUUUCCGUCUUAUUUUUGUUCUACUAUCGAAAUGUGGUGAGCAUCUUGAGAAUAGAAAAAAGAACGAGAAAGAAUCGGAUGAGAAGAAAUCUGCUCUUUUACCUGACGAAGAAUCAGGAUCUCCUCCAGCAUCGAUAACAUCGGGUGUUAUUGAAUUUGGGACAGUUGAUACUUCAAGAGAAGCUACCCCAAAUAGCACGUUUGAGGACCGUGCAACUACGAAGCGCAGAAGCACAGAGAAAUUGCUUGGACAGAUAGUUACUCAGCUAUGCAACGCGGGUGCACUAGAAUUCUGCCGCAAUUUGUUGGAAAGUGUAGCCGGUUAUUGGCGAACCGCGAGAGAACACCGAACAGCACCACGAGCAUGGUCUCGCGAUUACAAUGCAACGUCUCAUGAGUCUGCUGUAACCGGCAUAUCAAGCAGAACUGGGGUUAUGGAUGCACGCGAGCACUACUACACCAUGAUAACUGAUGUAGCACUUCGUUUGCCAUGUCAGAUGAGACGAAUUCUAAAGGACGUGAAGUUUGAUGAGAGAUGGCAACGAAUCCUUUGCGAGUUAGUAUCCUACCAACAUGCGCCGCAGCUUCGAAGGCAAAGCAAAAAGGUGUUAUUGGCUAUGUUUAAUGGGGAUAAACAGAAAUAUCGUGAAGUCCGCGACCAUCACAUGAUGAGAGCCCAUAUCGAACUUCUUAAGAAAAAAUAUGCCCAAAGCAGUGGUUUCAACCACCAGCAGCUGACUGAGAUGGUCGAAAUUGUAAGCGCUAUUGCGGCAAUAGCGAAUCAACGAACAACGCUAUGGAGGACCAUUUGUGAGGAACAGCUCAACUGGCUUCUUCAAUUAGCUUGCCGUGUCGCCGAUGCAGUAUCAUGCAGUGUAGUUGAUCUAUUGGUAUCUGCAAUUCGCGAAACUCCUGGACAUCAAGGAGAGAAUGUUUAUCUGGCGGACAAAAUAAUUUCUGAGGACGAGAAUAGAUGUUUGCUAAUGAUGCUUCUUGUACGCUACCUGAUCGGCCGCGACGAGAGCCGCCGCUGGCUUAUGCAUGGUUUACUAAGGUCAACGAUCCAACUCGCUAGUCGUCAGAAUCAGGUGGUACUGCUCCGCAUUUUGUGGAAUGACUUAUGGCCACUUGCACGAGGUCUUGGUGAUCAUGGCGCGCAGCUGGCAGACAUUCUUGCCACCUACGCUUCACGUUUGUUCAGUACGUCUGAAAUGCUUUCCGUAUGUGAUACAGAGUUGGAAGCAAUCAGCGCAACCGUCAAGAGGAUUGAGAAGGAAGGCCAUGCUGGAUGGUAUCGACAAAUGACAGGUCUUGGAUUGGGUUGGAAGACAAUGCUUAUGGAUACAAGUCCCUGCCUCGUGUGCUUCUCAAGAAAGGAUGUAGCAGAAACUGUAAAACUAAACUCGAUCAAACAGGAGGCGCGUUUCGCAGCUAACGCUAUGAUGUUGAAAUUGACAUGUCACUACGAAGUCAGCAAAGUUAUAAUCAAGCUGACAGACGUCAAACGGAACAAGAUGAUUAAGCGUGUCAAUCUCUUCUAUUGCCCGAAAACAGUCGAGUCCGCCGUGGAGUUAAAGACCUGUCCUGAGCUAUGGCAACGUGCUUCAAGCUGUAGUGUAACCGCGAACGACACGGAAGUAGUGCUACCUCUAGCGAUUCCUGUUGUUACUGCUUCAUUAGUUAUUCAAUUUUCUGAAUUAACUGAAAGCCGACAGAAUCAGGAGCUGCAUUGUCCAAGGUGUUCAUCGGUGGUUCAGCCAAAUCCUGGCCUCUGCGAACACUGUGGUGAAAAUGUUUUCCAAUGUGUUAAAUGUCGCGCUAUCAACUACGACGAAAAGGAUCCCUUUUUGUGCCAGUCGUGCGGCUUCUGCAAAUACGCACGCAUGGAUAUAUCAGUAGUGUGUCGUCCUCUUCCAGGAGUGCAACCGAUCACAACUGACGCUGAAAGAUCAUCAUGCGUGGAGUCAAUGGCUCGCCUUCUAUGUGAAAUGGAACAAACUCGCGCUCAACUGUCCGCUGGACGAGCUCUUUGCGAAUCACUGUGGCUUCAAUCGCGUCCAUUGCCUCCGAUUUGCUUCCACGUUGAAAGUCCGGAUGCUGCUAACGCCCUCAUUGCUGCUGUUCCACCCAUCAAUCAUCAGCAGCCAGCAAUUCAUGCUCUUCUUUUGACGACAACGCACUGCAAAGCGUUGCACGAAGAGCUAUGCAUGCAAACCCAACAGUUAAUAGCAUUCCGAGAGGAACUACGUAACUAUGAUCGUUCCGUCAAGACUGCUCCACUUCUGCAUCAGGCCAUUAACCAAGGUUUCUACAACGCCAGCUCGAAUUGCUUCGGAUGUCUGCGUGCAAGUAUACUUCAUUCGCUGGCCAUUCUUCAGAGCUCUUGUGAUGACGAAAAUUGCCUCGAACGACUACUAAAUUCCGACAUAGUUUUCGAAACUCUGGUGGACAUCGGCAAAAGAUAUGAACCGAUCUCUGAGGAAGUAGAAAUGCUUCUCUGUCGGAUUUCGUUGGAGAACGAAAGAGGAACAGAAAAGUUAUGCGAUCUUGUUAUGAAUGGAAAAAUAAGCGGUACAGUACUGGCACGAUCGCUCAACACUUUUCCGGAUUCGUUAUGGCAGCAGAAAUUCCGUGGACUGUUGAAGAGUGCGAUGAAAUUUAACGACCAUGACACAACUCUUGCCGCUCUAACCAUCAUCGACAAAUGUCUUGUAGAUGCGAAACCGGUGAGAAAAAGAAUCUAUCGAAAGCUUCAACAAAGAAGGCGCGGAAUUAAAAACGAUGGAUCACAGAAUUUACUCGAUCACCGUAGGGUACGUAUCACAAACCAACAUCUCGAUAACUGCGCUACGUUUGGUGAUUGGUUAGAGGGGAAACUAAAUUGGAAUGAAUGUGAAGCACCUCCGGAGAAGAAACCGAAGAAUCAUUCGACAAUCCAGGCUGCUGAUUCUGUUAAAGAGCAUGACGCUUGGAUGUGGCGAUGUUUGUUCUCACCUUGGAUUGCUGUGCGUGCAGCUGCUGCUAAAAUUAUCGUUGCUGUGGCUGCACAGCCGGGACAUCUCGGAACGGCAGUGUCAGUUAUUUUGCGCGGCCUUCCUAUAGCGUCCGUCGUUCCAGCCGCGAUGACAGACCAUUUCUUCCGAGCAGCUCAUACCAUUACUAGCGGUGGGCCUAACAUCAAAGCGCGACUCUAUUCUGAAGGUCUUCAUGUGUGGCUCAUCAAAGUUAUCUACAAGGAAUGUAAAAGAAUGCAUGAAGAAGAGCAACAAGAAACCAGUAUGGAUCAUUCUUUCGGAACCCUCCUGCGCAGCUAUGUUGAACUGCUUUGUUUAUUGCUAACGGGAGGUGGAAUUGAAUCCAUGAAGUUGAAAGCAGCAAGGGAUCAUAUCCUCGUACCAUUGCUGCAGUCCACCAUUUUCCUCAAAAGGGUUUUGUUGAGAAGAACGCGUGCUGUCGAGGCCUCACGAUGCUCGCUUGAGAGGCUUCUCCGUCGUGUUUCUGCCAAGGAUCCACUCACAUUGAUGAGAGCUGCAGUACAAUCGUUGGAUGCGAUCGAUGAUUUAAAUACUCAAGCACACAUUGUCUCUGUGAUAUUAGAUGUUCUAAACCCUGAACAAAAGGAGGAAGAAGAUUUUCACAUUCAAAUCGAGAAAGACCCGGCACAAGAGGACUUCCUACAAGGAAGGAUGACUGGGAACCCAUACAAGUCUACCGACGUCGGUUUGGGUCCACUUAUGCGUGACAUCAAGAAUAAGAUCUGCAGAGAUACGGAAAUGAUUGCUCUGAUGGAAGACGACAAUGGCAUGGAGUUGCUAGUGAACAACCAAAUAAUCUCUCUAGCGCUCCCUGUGAGAGCUGUUUAUGACAAACUAUGGAAGAAAGCAAAUCCCGGACAACCAAUGGUGAUUGUAUACAGGAUGAGAGGAUUACUCGGAGAUGCGGUGGAGACAUUUGUAUCAACUCUCGGCGAGGCUGAAGGAGGCGAAGCAGAGGAGGAUGAAACACUUUCUUCCCUUACGGGUGCCCUUUCCCAAUGUGGUGGCUUAAGUCGCGCUCUCCGAUUGCUUACGCUGGCUGACGUUGGCACGGCUGGCAGAUUUCUUCUGAGUCAGCUCCGGAAGCUUUUCGAACGCUGUGUAAAGACUGAGCAAGGACGCAUCGACCUAGUUUCGUCUGGGGCGAUCAACGCGUUUAUGAAGGUACUACAUUCAUGUGUAUCUCUACGAUCCACCGAUGAAGGAGUUCUGCAACUCGGCCUCGAAUAUCUUGAGAUGAUUUCAGCAAUAGUCAGUGAUCCAGCUGUGCACUCUAUUUUGACUGGAAUUUCAAAGGAAGAUGCCGAGUGGCUUCUGUCUUUUGUUAUGGCUCGCCCUGAUUCCGGUACGGAUAGUGUGAAUAAGUUCUGCAACCAAGUGGCACGCGUUAUCGGAAAUCUCGUACUCGGGAAUGAGGAAGCAGAAAAAGCACUGAUUUCGGUGUAUACCAAAACAUGUCUGUGGAAGGAGAUCGACGAAACAAACGAUGUUUCACUGCGAAGUGAAAGGGUCGUUGCGGUGGAAAGAUUGUGCGAGGUGACUGCAGGUAUCCUCAAUUCGCCAGAGGCAGCAAAGCUCAAGCAGCUGAUACUCGAUAGUGGAGUCGUUUCAAAGGCUUGCUCGCAUCUCGUUUCCAAUCAUCCACCACUUUAUUCUGCCACAGAAUCUCAAGAAUGGAAAGCGUUCCUCCUUCGCCCGUCGCUGAAAUUGAUGUUGUCAUUCAUGCAUGGUAUGGCUUGUUCCCAUGAAGCUAGUCAACGCGCCCUAGCUGAAAAGACGUUGCAUAUUUUGCAUCGUUUGGAGCAGGUGGCGUCGGAUAACUCUAUUGGCACUCUGGCCGAGAAUGUUGUUGAAGCCCUCAAAGAAAAUUCGGAGGUAGCAGCGCAAAUCGAGAAUGUCCGGCAAGAAACUCGCCAGAAGAAGAGGCAAAUGGCAAUGGCAAUGCGCAACAAACAAUUACGUGAAAUGGGUAUGCAAAUGGGAAAAUCGGGCGAAGUGAAGGUGGCCCAUAGGCGCAUCGCAAACGAACCUGCUUUGGAAGGUGUGGUAGACCCAUUGGCUUCCUGUUGCAUUUGUCGUGAACCUCUUUUCCACGGAACACGAGUGGCAGCUGCUUACGCCUUCGCUUCUCCAUUACCCGGCGAAUCACGAGUCCCUCAACUGGCUACUGUCAGUCAGAUGGUUAUGGUGCAUAUUGACUGCCAUCAAAACGCCAUCAGAAGAAGCGGAGGCGGACGGAAUGUUGAUGAAUGGUCAAAGGCUUCUUUGCAUAAUGCUGGUGCGAAGUGCAACGUGCUCACUCCAAUCGCAAGCGGUUCAGCAAGUGAAGCUGAUUGGACUGCCGCUGUAAACCGAUACCAAACUGAUCUCGAGGUGGCCGCUGCUGUCCCUCCCCUUUGUCGAGCUAUCGUUUUCGUAGAUAUCUGCGAAUUAAUCGAUAAAUUCGUCCAUUUCAGGUCAUUCUCCGAGGCUUCGCAAGGCGGUGGAAGAGAAUCGAAUGCUCAGUACCUCGCUGUAUUGCACCUGCUAGCACUAUCACUUCCCGCUGACGACUUGCCAACCAGGAAUGCCCGACAUCGUGUGAUGUCCUUCUUGAUGACCGAAUUGACAGUUGAAAGUUGGCGCGAACAAAGAGUCGAUGUACUGCGAGCCGCGCUUUCUGACUCCUCUACAGAAGGUCAUGAUAGCACAUGGGAGACACUUCGGCCCAUCUGUUUAACAUGGGCUUUCGUCGACCUGUAUUUCAAUGACGUUAUACCGAUCGAUUCUGAUGAUCGUAUGGAAUGGCUACAAACACAUCUGUUGGAUACCUUACGGAAAACGUCGGUAUUUGUGAAGAAAUUUGAUGAACAAAUAGCCGUGCUGAGCAGCAUAGAUGCAUUCGCCGAGAAAAUGGACCUUCCGAUCGACCAAAUAUCAUCGCUUUUCGGCGCGAGCGGUGAUGCUGACGUCUAG